ACUUCAGAUCAGAAGAUGAGUGAUCGUGUGGAGGAAGAGGAGGACGGAGCAGAGUCUGUAGUGUCCGACUAUCUUUAUAUGAAGAGUGACCGGUCCAAAGAUAAACCUCCAGACUUGAGUAAUACACCUGGACACUCAGACACCAUAUUUCAGAACAGACACAGAGCAGAGUCUGUAGUGUCCGGCUGUCUCUCUAUGAAGAGUGACUGGUCCAGAAGUGAACCUCUGACCUUCAGUAAUGAACCUGGACCCUCAGACACAAAACUUCAGAACAGACACAGAGCAGAGUCUGUAGUGUCCGGCUGUCUCUCUAUGAAGAGUGACUGGUCCAGAAGUGAACCUCUGACCUUCAGUAAUGAACCUGGACCCUCAGACACAAAGAAGAGGAGUGAUGAGGAGGAGCAGCUGUCCUGCUGUGCUUUGUGUCAGGAAGUCCUGAAGGAUCCCGUCUCAACCAGCUGUGGACACUGGUUCUGCAGAUGCUGCAUCAGCUCAUACUGGGACCAGUCUGCUUCACCAGGAGACUCCUCCUGUCCCCAGUGUGGACAAAGAUCCAGAACCAUGGCUGGUGGUCUGCAGGAUGUUUUAGAUGAAUAUAAGAUCAGUCUGAGGAGGAGAUGUGAACGUGUGGCUGAAGGAAGUGAUGCAACAGGAAGUGGAACCCUCCUCAACAGGAUCUACACUGAGCUCUACAUCACAGAGGGACAGAGUGAAGAGGUUAAUACCCAACAUGAGGUGAGGCAGCUGGAGACAGCUUCCAAGAAGAAGACCGUCCACGACGCUCCAAUCAAGUGCCAGGACAUCUUUAAAGCCUUACCUGACCAACAGGGACACAUCAGAGUGGUUCUGACCAACGGCGUCGCUGGCGUUGGAAAAACCUUCUUGGUGCAGAAGUUCAGUCUGGACUGGGCAGAGGGUUUGGAGAACCAAGAUGUCAGUGUGGUGAUUCCGCUUUCCUUCAGGGAGCUGAACUUGAUCAGAGGUGAGCAGUACAGUCUUCUGGAGCUGCUCCAUGUUUUCCAUCCAACAUUACAGAAGGUCCCAGCAGAGAAGCUCGCCGUCUGUAAGCUUCUGUUCAUCUUUGACGGCCUGGAUGAAAGCAGACUUUCACUGGAUUUCAACAACAGGGAGGUUUUGUCUGAUGUCACACAGAAGUCAUCGGUCAACGUGCUGCUGACAAACCUCAUCGAGGGGAAUCUGCUUCCCUCGGCUCUCGUCUGGAUAACUUCCCGACCCGCGGCGGCCAAUCAGAUCCCUCCUAAACAUGUCGACAGGGUGACAGAAGUACGAGGCUUCACUGACGCCCAGAAGGAGGAGUACUUCAGGAGGAGGGUCAGUGAUGAAGAGCGCUCCAGCACAAUCAUCUCACACAUCCAGACAUCCAGGAGCCUCCACAUCAUGUGUCUGAUCCCAGUCUUCUGCUGGAUCACUGCUACAGUUCUGGACCACAUGUUGACUACAGAGCAGAGAGGAGAGCUGCCCAAGACCCUGACUGACCUGUACUCACACUUCCUGCUGGUUCAGACCAAGAAGAAGAAGCAGAAGUAUGAUGAGGGACAUGAGACGAGUCCACAGGAGCUGAUGGAGGCUGACAGAGAAGUUCUUCUGAAGGUGGGGAGGCUGGCGUUUGAACAGCUGCAGAAAGGAAAUAUCAUGUUCUACCAAGAAGACCUGGAGCGCUUUGGUCUGGAUGUCACAGAGGCCUUGGUGUACUCAGGAGUUUGUACAGAGAUCUUCAAAAGAGAGAGUGUGAUCUUCCAGAAAACAGUCUACUGCUUCGUUCAUCUGAGCGUUCAGGAGUUUCUGGCUGCAGUCUACAUGUUCCACUGUUACACCACCAGGAACAAAAAGGUACUGGAGGCUUUUCUGGGGAAAGACUGGGACAAUAGGGGGUCAUCUCUGGAUGUCUUCCUGAGGAGAGCCAUGAAUAAAUCCCUUUACAGUAAAAAUGGCCACCUGGACCUGUUUGUCCGCUUCCUUCAUGGCCUCUCUCUGGAGUCCAACCAGAGACUGUUAGGAGGCCUGCUGGUUCACACAGAUAACAGUCCAGAAGUCAUCAAGAGAGCCAUCAACAACCUGAAGGAGAUGAACACUGAGAAGAUCUCUCCUGACAGAAGCAUCAACAUCUUCCACUGUCUGACGGAGAUGAACGACCUCUCAGUCCAUCAGGAGAUCCAAGAGUUCCUGAAGUCAGAGAACAGAUCAGAGAAGGAACUCUCUGAGAUCCAGUGCUCAGCUCUGUCCUACAUGCUGCAGAUGUCAGAGGAGGUUCUGGAUGAGUUGGACCUGGACAAGUACACAACAUCAUACGUGGGAAAACAUAGACUGAUUCCAGCUGUGAGGAACUGCAGGAAAGCUAAACUUUCUGGCUGUCGACUCUCUGAGACUCACUGUGAAGUCGUGGCCUCAGCUCUGAAGUCCAACCCCUCCCAUCUGAGAGAGCUGGACCUGAGCUCCAACAACGACCUGAAGGAUUCAGGAGUGAAGCGUCUGUGUGCUGGACUGGAGAGUCCAAACUGCAGACUGGAGACUCUGAGAUUGGAGGGCUGCAGUUUGUCAGAGAUCAGCUGUGCUUCUCUGGCUUUAGCUCUGAAGUCCAACCCCUCCCAUCUGAGAAAGCUGGAGCUGAGUGGCAACAAGCUGCAGGAUUCAGGAGUGAAGCUGCUGUGUGAUUUUCUGCAGAGUCCAAACUGCAGACUGGAGACUCUGAGAUUGAGGAGCUGUAGUUUGUCAGAGAUCAGCUGUGCUUCUCUGGCUUUAGCUCUGAAGUCCAACCCCUCCCAUCUGAGAGAGCUGGACCUGAGCAACAACAAGCUGCAGGAUUCAGGAGUGAAGCUGCUGUGUGAUUUUCUGCAGAAUCCAAACUGCAGACUGGAGACUCUGAGAUUGAGGAGCUGCAGUUUGUCAGAGAUCAGCUGUGCUUCUCUGGCUUUAGAUCUGAAGUCCAACCCCUCCCAUCUGAGAGAGCUGGACCUGAGCAGUAACAAGCUGCAGGAUUCAGGAGUGAAGCUGCUGUGUGAUUUUCUGCAGAGUCCAAACUGCAGACUGGAGACUCUGAGAUUGGGGUACUGCAGUUUGUCAGAGAUCAGCUGUGCUUCUCUGGCUUUAGCUCUGAAGUCCAACCCCUCCCAUCUGAGAGAGCUGGAGCUGACCAACAACAAGCUGCAGGAUUCAGGAGUGAAGCUGCUGUGUGAUUUUCUGCAGAGUCCAAACUGCAGACUGGAGACUCUGGGAUUGAAGAGAUGCAGUUUGUCAGAGAUCAGCUGUGCUUCUCUGGCCUCAGCCCUGAAGUCCAACCCCUCCCAUCUGAGAGAGCUGGAGCUGUGUGGAAACAACCUGAAGGAGUCAGACGUGAAGCUGCUGUGUGAUCUGAAGGAGAGUCCACACUGCAGACUGGAGAGUCUGGGGUGGCAUUGAUCUCCAGUAAAGUCCAGUCCAGCAUGGUCCCUGUGUUCCUCUGAUGUGACAGAGUAUCAUCAGAGGAUGUGGACUGCUCUGCUGCUGCUCUGUCCUUCUCUCUGCAGACACACUGAGACUCCUCCACCUCCGUCUGUUGUUUCAUUCAUUCAUAUAAUCUGAAUUCAGAGUUCCUCUGCACAUUAGUUCUCGUCAUGACAACGUGACUCUACAUCAACACAUUUAGAUGCAUGUUUCUGCUUUGUGUUCUGUUACAGCUCCACCCUGUGGAAUAAAGGGGAAUUGUAGUUCAUUUCCUCUGAUGUGUUAAUAACCAAAGAAGUUGAUCUUACCUUAUUACUACCAAUAUCAGCCGUUUCUCAUAUUAUGACAGAUGAAUAUUUGCUUGUUGUAGAAGUUAAAACCUUUAAGGCUUCACUAAAGUUUUUCAAAUGAUAACUAACAGAUUAUGGCUAAUGCACUUGUCCUAUUACCAGACAAUAAUUCAUAACUCUCGAGUCUUGAAAGAGUUUCCAAAGUCUUCAAAAUCUAAAGUAUCUCCUGAUUACAUGUGUGUAAAUACUUAAUAAGAGAAUAUUUUUGUCUUGCUUUAAAUUGUAUUUUUUAUGAAAAUGUGGCUCAUUAAAGUUGUUAUCCAUUUUUUGUCAACUCUGUCAGAUUUCUACAAAAAAUGAUUUAAUGGGGGGAAUAAACAUAGUUAGUUCUCACUUCCUGCUCCUAAAAACACAGCUAAGCUUUAUGAUAUGUGAUAAAAAUCAUUAAUAUUGUUAUCAGGUUUGUCCCACCCUUAUAAAUCAAUACUCAGUAAGAUGCAUAGUUUAAAGUGAGUAAUGUGUUUAGCAUGAGGAGAAAAAUCCACUCACUAU